GACGUCGGGUGGGACACACCAGGAUGGACUGAACGGCCCUGAUGUGGUGUGGAGGCCCCCACGUCAAAAGGAGCUCUAAAGACGAGGAUAUCUUCAUCUUGUUUUCAGACAUGGAUCAAAGUAGCCAAUAUACCAGACCAGAGUACUCCGUCCCGCUAACAUUUCAGCACCGAACGUAACAACAACAACAACGUACACCUCGCAGCAACCAGCAACUACGCGAAGCUGCUACAGUAGCGCCAUCUCUCACUGGUUCAUUGAUGUAUGAUGUCUGCUGCACGAAAGAAGCAAAAGAGGUUGCUAUAUGAGCAUGAUAUGGACAGCGAGAGGGUGUACAGGAGGAGAGAGAGGAAGAUGGAUGAGGAGUAUGCGGCCUGGGCCAACUUCAAGGAGAACUCCCGUGUGGAAAACAUCUCUGGAAAACCGGACCCCUUAAAAUACAAACCCCGAUACGAAGAUCAACGUUGUUCCAGACAAUAUAGCAAAGCGAUAUUAUCGACAAAGGGAAAGGAAGAAAACUCAGAGAGCUCUCUGCGAUGGCGAUGUUUACUGGAGAACUACAACACUCUCAGAAUCGGACAACAGAUCGUCUACUUGGGCGCCUUCAUCAUGGAACUUUGGUGGAUCAUAGAAUACAACAUUCAACUUCCGGUGCCCGCUUACAUCUUAGCAGCUGGCUACUUCUCAACGUUCCUCGUGUCGCUGUUCCUCUUGGCUGGCCUCUUUCUGAAAAAGUCCAAAUACCUUCUGGGAUGGCUGUUCGUGUCCGUGGUGUUUUUCUUCCCCGAAUGCGGUCUGGCUCUCUUCAUGAGUCUGAAACACUGGAAACUCGAUGACAAAGGCAUCGCAGAGCUGGCCUUCUACAUCUGCAGAGCUGUGGUCAAUGUGGUGUGCAUAAUCUGCAUCCAGUCCCUGUACACCUUAUGGAGGCAAGAGAAAGCUGUGAUGCGCCGCUUGGAGAACCUCAAUGUCCUGGGCAAAGAAAAUGGAGGCCCCUCUCCAGUUACAGUCCUGGACAUGAGAUCCCGCUACGGAGGUCAAGACAGCGAGCCUACGUACAUCGUCACCCAGAACUCCGCCCUCAGACGAAGCGCUUCCUCGGCUUCGAACCUUCUCCACGCAAGGUCCUUGAGCGGAUCUAAUGGGGUUCUAGGUCCAGCUGCAGACAGGGACUUCUACACGAACCCGUCCUUCUGGAAUGGUGGCCGGUCUGAGUUCGAUGCCUCUUCUUUCUACGAUUAUUUCGCCAGAGGUGGAAUGCAGAACGGCGGAUCAGGCAAUGGUCACCUCAUGGUCGGCUAUCCGUUGCAUAGGUCUGCCUCCGACCUGCAAGGGUCCUUCUGGGGCAAACCUCAUGUCUACGAAGGUUACAGCAUGAAUGGCGGCGGAAGGGAAUCGCCAAGCGCCAACGGCAGUGCCAUCACACACGUCGACUAUUGCACCCAGAGCUUGGACAGACCCAAGUUCAGAAGACAACUCCGAAGACAGAAGUCCACGUCUCUGGAACAGCUCAACGUCAGGUGUCUAGGGGCUGUUACGUUAGAACGCCUUCCGGAGAGACCCUUCGAUUACCUUCAGCGGCCGGGAUCGCGUCUGCGAGACAGGGACUCUGACGUCAGCUCGAGCCACAGCAUCAGGGACAUUGCGCUUUGAGAAAUUAUCCUAAUGGACGUUGUACGGUGAACUUGCUAACAGCACCGCCGUUAAGGUAGCGCUGUGUAGCUGUGACUUCGGCCGAAAAGCCCAAACACAGAGCCAAUCACAGCGAAGCACGUGCGGACAACGUGUCUUUAACCUAUGGCAGAAAUGCCAGACAGUGGCGCUGAAAACGUCAUCCGAAACGUCCAAUACAUUGAAUUGUGCUAGAUACCAGACAGACUUCAGUGGGAUGUCCGCGUGACCUACGAGACAGCGCAGGCAUGCUGGAUUUCUUCUUAAUGACAAGGGGACAUUGUUGGGUCCACAUGACAUGACCCCUGGAACAGUGCAGACAUUUCAAACCUCUCGACGUCCAUUGGAUGCUGUUGGGCUCCACUGUCAGUGCAGCUAGAGGCUCUGCAAAGUCACCACACAUCAGCUGGUCUGGUUUAGUUCCUCCAUGAACUCUUCAGGGGCCAUCCUGGUGCUGAGGCAAUGUACAUACAAGCUACUUGGAUACGUGCUUUUUCUUUUUUAGUGAAAAAUGAUUUUAUGGACGUCAUUGACUUCUGCUGUGUGAGCAUAGCGCUUCUGUACAUUCCAGACUCCGAGCACGUUUGGUAAGACGGGCUGACCGUCGGUCGAAAGACCAUAUAGGGGUCGACACAGAAACCUUGAAUUCCGAGGUGGCCAAAUAUUGUAAAAAAAUGUACUACAUAGCACAUCUGUGUAUUCUAUACGACGUAAAACCUCGUCUAUAACAAGGCACGCAAUACUCUGAAGAAGACAACAGCAGGGGGUUGCUGUGUGCGGAGUAACUUGUACAGAGGACGAUGAGUUGUGUGCAAAAAAAAAAAAUGAACGUCUAAUGUUGCCAUUUGUUAUAGAAUGUAGAGAACGCCGUGCAAAUUGUAUAAAUUUUUUAUGCAAGUAUAUUUACAGAGAUCCAAGAGCCUAGCUGGCAUGCGUUUUUUUUUUUUUUUUGUUCUUUUUUUAUGGUGGCGAGACAUCUUUGAAGACAGGUGCAGCGGAGUACGUCAACAGAUUCCGUAAACACCGAAGGAAAUGGGUUAUCGAUUUCUUCCUAGAUACAAUGGCUAUGUCCAAAGAGCAUUAGCGCUGCUAUCUGUGAGCUUUCUGGUAUGUCAAACUUAUCAGUGAUAACCGGAGCACUCAACUGCGGAGAGCGUGUGUACAUGUGCGGUGGUCAAGGUGGAAACGUUUGGACUACUGGACGUAUAAGAUUCGCGUAACGAUCUUUAAAAACAAAAACAAAAAAACAAAAAAAACAAGAAAUACGGAAGCACUUGUAAAUAUUCAGAGGUUUCGUUUGAAACACUUCCUAUUGUGCUCCACAAUGAUUAAUAAUACUUAAUGAUUAAUAAUGCAGGCAAUUUGAGCGAGAAAUCUACGAGAACAUUUUACCGUGAUGAUAAAGCACAAUGAAGGCGAACUGCUGAUUGAUUGAUUGUUCCUCCUCCCAUCUUUCAGUUGUCUUUUUAUUGGAAUUUCAAUAUUCGAAAUAAGUCGCCAUACGUCGAAAUACGCCACUUUUUUUACGAGGAUGUGUCCUAAUCUCACAUGUACACUGCAAGGAGAGCUUAUCUGACAUGAAUACUCCAUUGACUCCUGCUGCUGGUUAAAUUGAACGGCUGUCAUCCUUUCCCACAGUUUUGCGCCACUAAGCUCGAUAAUAACGAUAUAUUUUUCGAGAGACCUUACCAAUGUGCCAACACAUCAUUCCAAACACAAAUAGCAUGAAUGUGUGAUCAUUUCUUGACCCCCGGGGACGGCAGAUAUUUUUAUACAUAUUGUGCACGUGUGAGGUUGAGUUUUCUUCUCUCAUUGAUUAUUGCUAUCAGCCCAUCAUCGUCGUGAUUUCUAAAUGGCAGUUUUGCCUGAAAAGAUAUUUGUCUGAUGUGAUUUUUGAGAAAAAAACGCUGUACCUCCUCUUUAAUAAAUUAAUAUGCAGAAUCGUGCA